AUGUGGAAAUUGGAAUUUGGUAACAUUGAGUCUCCAAUGUAUACCAGACUUAGACAGUUUUUUUCCACUAUUUAUAGCAGGAUGCAGGUAAGAGCACCAUCAAAGCCAGUGGUUGUGUCUAUACCAAUAUUGCAUUAUGAUGAUACUGAAUCUGCAAAAGCAUCAAAACGGCAACUCAAGGAAGCUAUAUAUACAGCACUAUUUAACAUGAAUGUUCCUGCUAUUUGUGCAAUUAAUCAGACAACUUUAGCUUUGUAUGCUGCUAGAAGAACUUCAGGAAUUGUUGUAAAUAUUGGGUUUCAAGUCACAUCAGUUGUUCAAAUUUUACAUGGUAAAGUAAUGCGCACAGUGGGUGUGGAGGUUGUGGGACUGGGAGCACUAAAACUUACCGGGUUUCUUAAGGAGUUGAUGCAGCAGAACAAUAUUAUUUUUGAAUCGCUGUACACCGUUCGCACUUUGAAAGAGUUACAAAAUCUCUGUUAUGUUGCCUAUGAUUAUGAGGCUGAGCUACUCAAAGAUACACGAGCAUCAUCUGACGCAGCAGGAGAAGGUCAGUUCACUCUUUCAAAAGAGCGGUUUCAAACAGGAGAAAUCUUAUUCCAGCCACGAAUGGUAGGAGUGUAA